AUGGAAUGGAAGCGGAGGCAUAGAUACAGCAGUCUUUCCCUUUUCCUCAUUGUGCUUGUGUUUGUGGUAGGCCUCAUUAUUCAGGUUCUCUGGCUUUUUCCAAACAAAAUCCGAAAUCCCAAAAAGUUGAGGGAUCUUGAAGAGUCCCCUGCUCCACUAACAUCAAAUGAAAAUGCAAUCUCAGCUUCAAAUGAAAGUUUGCAGCAGGGAUUGGAAAACUCCUUUCUUUCAAACAUCAGUUCGAGUGAAGAGAGGACAGCAGCGUGGAUACUUAGAGUUGAGCCUUACAUCUACAUCCUCAACGAGCCGAACGCAUGUCUGCAGCGAGCUCCUUUCUUAGUGCUUCUGAUUGAGGUUGAGCCCAAGAAAACGGAGGCUAGGGAUGCCAUCAGGAAAACGUGGGCCAAUGAAAGUGUGGCUGGGGGUUUGGGUUUCAUCCGCCUUUUUUUCAUAGGUGUAAAUCAAGACAGCAAACUGCAGCACACAAUAGAGAAAGAAAGUCAUCGAUAUCAUGAUAUCAUCCAGCAAGAUUACAGGGAUACUUACAACAACCUUACCCUGAAAACGCUUAUGGGGAUGUACUGGAUCACAAAGUACUGUCCCGAGGCCAAAUACGUCAUGAAGACAGACAGUGACAUGUUUGUCAACACUCAAUACCUCAUAGAAGAGCUCCUAAAACCCAGAGGGCAACCAAAACAAAGAUAUUUUACAGGACACCUUAUGCCAGACAUGUCCCCAAACCGAAACAAAGAGAGUAAAUGGUACAUGCCCCGAGAAGUGUACCCUGGUAGGCGAUACCCCACCUUUUGCUCUGGGACUGGGUACGUCUUCUCAGGCGACGUGGCCCAAAGGAUAUACGUGACAUCUCUGACCAUACCCAGACUGCAUUUAGAAGAUGUUUACAUAGGUAAAUGUCUAGCUAAACUAAAGAUAGAGCCAACGCCACCACCAAAUGAACAUCUGUUCAAUCACUGGCGAGUGCCCUACUCUAGCUGUAGGUACAGCAACCUGAUCACCUCUCAUGGGUUUCAUCCCAAUGAGAUCAUCCAGUACUGGCAGCACCUGCAGAGCAACAAGCACAAUCCCUGCCAAAUGACUGGGUAGAAAGUUU